CCACCUAUUUUAAUAGAAAUACAAAGGCAAAUUGACCAAGAUUUCAUGAUUAGGCUCGUACAUUUCUGUACUUGUGUAUAUAAAAGAUAUAGGAUUCUACCUGUUGUACUUAUUAUUGUACUGGACGAUUUCACUGACGAUUUAUUAAAGGAAGGAUUGUUAGACAGUGAUAGCUUCGGAUUCAACAAUGACAACGAAUUUUUGGUCAAGAUACAAUCCACUUGUUGGGCUAAAGAAUGCUUUUCUAUAACAAAAAAUUCCAUCACUCAACAUGUCAAUAACGGCAAACCAAUGAGUCCAUUGCUGUUAUUAAGUAAACAUAUGAUCCAACAGCAAAGUGAUCUGCUAACUGUUAACCGGGAUGAAGAGAUAGCAGUA